AUGGGUAGAAAAGAUGCCUCUACAGCAAGGACUCCUGUUGACCAGUACAGGAAACAAAUAGGAAAACAAGAUUAUAAGAAAACCAGGCCUAUGUUAAGAGCUACAAGAUUAAAAGCAGAGGCCAAGAAAACUGCACUAGGCGUAAAGGUAGAGAUCUAUUUGAUAGCUUAUACCACCUUUGUGUAUAUGUUGUUUCCUUUCCCCGUAGAUGUACUGUGUGAAUAUUGA